CUACCUUAAACCGUUCGAACAAACUUCAAUCACCUAUGCCGAACUAUGCAAUAUCGAGUAAUCAGAGUAAUCAGAGUAUUGAAAAACUUUUAAUGUCUCCAGAAGCAGAAGACUCACCAGGUAUUGUACACAGAAUACAGAUGAAUGCUGCCAAUGUUGAAAUGGAGGCCACACAACCAGUUAAGAAGACACCUAAUCUUUCAUUGAUUGAAGAAAAUACUGAACAAAUGUCAAGCUAUGUUUCAACACUUGAUUGCAAAAAAUCCUCAAACCUCGAUUCUCUCAAACACCAACAAACCCCUUCAAUUGAUUCCACCAACAUCGAGCUGCUGCACAAUGACUCCUCGAAAGUCCUAGUUAUGUCAAAACCGAAAAAUUCUACCACCCCGAAAUCGAAGGAUCUCUCACAGCAGCCCUACAUCAUCAAGACUGCCUUAAACAAGUUCAAAGGGGAAGACGAACUGAGAAACUGGCUGAUGAAUUCAUCGAAGCAGAAUAAUAGGAGUUUUGAAGCUUCGCCCAAUAAGAAGUUUAUGAAUAGCAGCAGGAAUGACGAGGUGAAGCAAAAGAGUUUCGGGUUUUUGAGUGGACAUGUGGAAGAUGAUGACAUGAACGAGAAAAAGAAGUCGUUUAGUGUACCAAGGACACAGAAAGCUGAUGACUCUAUGGCUUCAAUAAUGAAUUCACCAGAGGACUCAAGAGCUGACGAGAACUCCCUAAUGGGUACUCCUGUUAAAUGUGACUCCUUACCAAGUACUCCUCAAGGUAUCAGGAUGCAUGAAGCAGUGAGGAAAUGCCCUUUAUCAUUCUCUAACACAAUGACUGGUCCUAAUAUCUCGAAAUCAAUGAAGAACACCCUCCACAUAUCAGCUCGACAAGAUGAGCACAGCAACAAAUGGUCUUCAGCAGAAGAAGAGUGCUCUGCAGACACUUUUGAGAUCAUGGAACACAAGCGAGAGAACGAUAAGAGUUAUGCUUCUGCCAUCGUGGAUAAACAUUUGGGCAGAGACAUCAUUGAUCCUUUUAAUUCGGAAUUGUUGGAGGCAUUUUUAAACAGGAUGGGAUUUCCGGAGAGAGAUGAUGAUAAAUAUGUAUCUGUUAACAAUGUGGGACAACCUAAGAGCUCUACUAGUUAUUGGGUGGGGCCUAAGGGCUACUCAAUUGAUAAGGAGUUGGGGAAAGGAGCCUUUGGAUCCAUUUAUAGGGCAUUUGAUCAACAAACAAAUGAGACUGUGGUAUUGAAAUAUCAAAAGCCUGCAAGGAUCUGGGAGUAUUAUAUCUGUAGAGAGAUUAGGAAAAGAAUUAUUAAUACUGAUAUGUUGCCAGGAUACAUGCACGUAUCUCUUGCCUUGGUCAGUCGAUCAGCAAGCAUUCUGGUGUCAGAGCUAGGAAAACAUGGUAGCCUUCUAAACUGUUCCAAUAAAGUCAGGCUGAAGACUUGCAAACCUCUCAAUGAAUUGGUUGUGAUGUUCUUUGCUUCUCAGCUGCUAUCACUGGUGCACUAUUUACAUAAAGCUGAUAUUAUACAUGGAGACAUCAAGCCAGAUAAUAUUUUAGUUAUGGAUGUACCUACUCAAACAACACACAUUCCAUGUCUACAGUUUAUUGAUUUUGGCUGUGCUAUUGAUAUGAGCCUUUUUCCUAAAGGCACGGAAUUCAAAACGGUAGUUUUUGGAGACUAUUUGCUGCUGCCGCUAGAUGGUUUUUGUAGACUAUCUGAUGCAAUAGGUAGUUCUUGGAGACUAUCUGAUGUAAUGGGUAUUUUUGGGAAUUAUCUACUGCUGCAACAGGUAGUUUGUGGAGACUAUCUGUUACUGACAGAUGAUUUUUGUAGACUCUCUGAUGCAAGAGCUAUUUUCCAUUUCUCUCAAUUUUCAUUUCUUUCUAUUUUAAAAGGGAUUCCCGACAAGAUCCGUCGCUCGGCCUGGUUAGCAUUCUCAGGAGCAGCUCACGAGAUGCUCUCACAUCCUGCAGGUCAUUAUCAGGCUCUGGCAUCUCGAGCCAUGGUCAAUGGUUCUUUUGGAAACAAUACCAAUUCAGCACCAGGAUUAACUCCAACAGCUGCUGAGGAAAUUGAAAGAGAUCUGAGGAGAUCUUUGCCUGAACAUCCUGCUUUUCAAAGUGACAUAGGUAUAUCAGCCCUCAGAAGAGUCUUACGAUCCUAUGCUUUAAGGAAUCCACGAGUAGGUUAUUGUCAAGCAAUGAACAUUGUUUGUUCAGCUUUACUUUUACAUUGUUCCGAAGAAGAAGCAUUUUGGCAUCUGGCCACUGUCUGUGAGACAUUGUUACCUGAUUAUUAUAAUACACGAGUUGUUGGAGCACUGGUUGAUCAGGGUGUACUAGAGCACUUAACAUGUCACCAUUUACCAGCAUUGCAUGCUCGACUGGAUCAACUUGGUAUGAUAAGGAUGAUCUCAUUAUCCUGGUUUUUAACAAUAUUUUUAAGUGUGAUGCCCUACGAAAGUGCUGUCAAUAUUAUGGACUGUUUUUUCUUUGAUGGAUCCAAAGUUAUAUUCCAGGUUGCUUUAACGAUACUGGAGUUGAACCAAGAGGCUUUAUCAAAAUGUCGAGACGAUGGUGAGGCUAUGCAGUUGCUGAGUGAUUAUUUAGAAGGCGUUUAUAAUGCUGAUGGCAGAGCUGUUAUGAGGAGUUCUGGACAAAACAAGAAAAAGAGUAUAUCAGUCCAGUCCCUGAUUUACGAAUCAUAUUCCCGUUACGGAAUCCUUACCACAGCCUGCAUAGAACGUCUACGCCUCCAGUACCGUCUCAAGGUUGUCCAGCAAUUUGAAGACGGUUUGGAAAAGAAUGCCAUCAGGAAUGUGAAAGGAGACGGUUACUUUACAACUGAGGAAUUGCAGGACCUAAUCAACAUGAUUCGUGAGGAAUACUUGAGGUCGUCAGGUUCUGCAAGACCCUGCUCAAUGAGCAGUGACUUUGAUACGUCCAGACCUGCGCACGAGGCUUAUCGGACUGAUUUUGAAUUGUUCAGGGAGAUUUUUGAGAUUCUAUCACCUUGGGGCAGAGGGAAGAAGGGUCACAGGAUUGCUAGGAGGCUGUUUAAGUUGAUGGACUCCAACUCAGACGGUUACCUCGAUCUUCGCGAACUGGUGACAGCUUUGGGCAUGAGUUGUUGUUCGGAAUCAACAAGACGUCUACGUUUAUUAUUCCUGUUACACCAGCCGCCCCUGGUGACUCCUCAAGAUGUCAUUGCAAGUUUGAGGACACGGGAUCACGUCGAGGGUGAAGAGAGUGAGGAACGAGAGGAAGGGGAUAGUGUUGAAGAAGCUGCCGAAGCUGUCAGCUUUUUUGAUGGGGCUUCGGUGACAAGUGCAGCAGGAGAUUCAACACCAAGUGAAGAAUUUAGCAGAGCUACUGCUGAUUUUUAUUCACGAUCAGUUAGUUUAAGCAGUAAUUCAGAUGUGAUGGACAGCCAACAACAAAUCCAAUUAAACGAGUUACGAACAGGAUUGUUAACAGAUUCACAUAGGGCUCCCGAGAACAAUCGUUGGGCAAAGAAGAUGUCUCAACCUUGUUUCGUUGAUAUGUGGAACACUUUAUAUGAUAUGCUGGAAAAUGAGACAGAGGUUGCAGAGAUACAUGAUGCUUUGGCAACAGUUGGUACUUUAUUACUAAAGCUGGGUGGUGUCAGUAAAAUAUUUUUCAUGGAAAAAGAAAGCCUCGAAGCAGUUCCUAAACCUGCAGAAUCAAAUAAAGAUGAUUUGUUAUGUGAUCAAACCCCCGACAAGAAUGGAAAUCCAGUACUUGAACCCCCCAUCCAAGACCAUACAUCACUGGACAAAGCAACAACAACAUCACUCCUAUUCGAAGACCAGUCUCCAAGCGAAAUGGAUUUAUCCAGUCACAAAUCAACAAUAACAAAUACUCAAACCGAUGAUUAUGCUCUCCAGGAAAGUAUUAAUAGAAGCGAUAUGUUGAUCAGUACAGAUUCUAACACUAGUGAUGUAAAUAUGGGAACAUCACAGAGCAGUAAUUCAUUGUCGAUGUACGAGACGGAGUGGGCUAUUUCAUUUGAACAGUUUUUGGCGACUGUUUUGACAUCACAACCUUUGAUUGAGUUCUUUUCGAAGAGGUAUCAACUGUCGCAGGCUUUGGGGAGCUUGAGACAGAAGAGGUUUGGAGUAAUGCAGUAAUAG